AUGUAUAUAAAAUCAAUAGAAUUGGAAGGCUUCAAGUCUUACGCAAACAAGCAAUUAAUCACUGGAUUUCAUCCACAAUUCAACGCCAUCACAGGAUACAAUGGAUCGGGAAAGUCUAACAUUCUCGAUGCAAUUUGUUUCCUUCUCGGACUCACCAAAUUGGAAAAUAUUCGAGCUAAAAACAUGACGGAUUUGAUUUUCAAACAAGGCCAAGCCAGUGUUAAUCGAGCAGUCGUCACGAUCGUCUUCGAUAAUCGUGAUAAAGAUAAAAGUCCUUAUAAUUUAUCGGACCAUGACGAAAUUGUCAUCAGACGACAGAUUACACUAAACGUCGGCAAAGGACCAGCAUCAACAUAUAUCCUCAACGGACAAGCAACAACGAGUAAUAAAAUUCACGACAUAUUCCGUGGAGUCGGCCUUAAUGUUAACAAUCCGCAUUUUCUCAUCAUGCAAGGACGUAUCACGAAAGUUUUGAAUAUGAAGCCUGACGAAAUUCUCGGAAUGAUUGAGGAGGCCGCUGGUACCAAAAUGUACGAUCAAAAGAAACGCGAUGUGCACAAAUUGAUUGCGAGCAGAGAUCUUAAAAUUGGCGAAGCUGACAGGAUUGUGAUGGAGAUUCUUAUUCCAAGAAUGGAAAAGAUGAAAGAAGAUGCGAAGAUUCUGGUCGAAGUGAAAAAGUUCGAAAAAAUCAAAAUGCACUAUGAACGCAAAUUGGACGCUUUCAUCUAUUAUCAAAAUAUAAUGAAUGCUGAAGAUAACAAUGAUGCUGCGAAUAAGACGAGGGAGAAAAUCCAAAGUGCUCGUGAUCGUAUUCAAGCGAUUGAUAAUGAAAUUGCGGAGAACGAACAGCUUCUUCUUGACAUUGAAAAAAACAAAAAUGAAACUGAUUCUAACAAUGAAAUCGAAAAGGAGCUCAAAGCUCGAACUGAGGAGCGUGUUAACAUGGAAGGAGAGAAGGACGAGGUCGCCGAAGCGAUUAAGCAAAUUCAAGAAGAUCGCAAACGAAAGGAAGCUUCAAUCGAAAAAGAUGAGAAAUUGCUCGAAAAGAAGAAAAUGGAAUUGAACAAAAUUCUCUCUGAUCAUGACGCAGUUGAUAAGCAGCAAAGCAAAGAUGCUGAAGAUGCGAAGAGAUACCGUCUCGAGAUUGAAGCAUUGACACGCGGAAUGAUGACGAAUGAGCAAGGAGAACAGGUCUCGAUUGAGCAGAAAAUUCAGGAAAGUCGCACUGAAACCGCGGAAAUUGAAGCAAGCAUGAAGACUGCUCAGAAUCGGCAGGAACGUUUGAAACCGAGAGUUCAAGAAUUAACUAAGCAAAUUGAGAAACACAAGAAGCAACACACUUCAGAGAUGGCGGAAAUUCGUGCAAGAGAAGCUGAGGUUGAUAGAUUCACGACUGAAAUGCAAAAAUUGGACUUUAAUGAAGUUGCCGAUGCCAAUAUGAAAGAGCGGGCGAAAACAUUGAGAAAUGAUAUUGAUGAAAUUCAAGCCGGAAUGGCGAGAUUGCUUCGAACUGUUGGAAAAGGACGAUACGAAUUUGUGUAUCGUGAUCCUCCACUUCCAGGGUUCCGUCGCGAACGCGAUGUUCUUGGAACCGUUGCCACAUUAUUCUCGGUAAAGCCAGAUGCAAAGGCAUACACGUAUGCUGUCGAAAUCGCCUGUGGAAACUUUCAGAAAAUUGUGUGGAAUUUAAGCGCUAAUGGUGUUUUGUGGUUGUUGGCUUAA